AUGGUUGUACCCCCACCCUCGUCGUCCGUGACAACUUACUCCGAGAAGAGCGUUGCCAAACACCCAAGCCCGUCAGUCCACUCGGAAGGAGCUGUCGCGCAUGUAGCAACCCCUUCGCUCGCUCAUGCAGCCCCCCCCGUGAAGCCACCAAUGGCCAAACAAAACACACCGUCGAAGAAAGAGCUCACCAACUACGAAAUGUCGGAUGGCCCAGAAAGUGACGACAGCGGAAACUCCGACUCGGAGUGCAAGAAAAUUCCGUCGUGGGCCCAACGGGACGCGUUAGAACAAGCGUUGGCCCGCCAGUUUGGCCCGAGUGCCAUCGAUCCGACGCCAACGAUCUUCCCGGACUUUGUCGACACGUGCGACCUCGAAGCCAUUUUCCAACCCGCGGACGCCUCCAAGAAGAAGCGAUUCCAAAAGCGCACGAGCUCGGGAAAUUGGCUCGCUGACCGGCCGACCAUGCGUGACAAAGUAGCGUACAAGCGGGCGAUGGGGUUCAAGUGA